GCCAGGGCAGCUGAUGGUUGUAGCCGAAGAAGUAGCUUAAGGUAGCAGGGCUCGCGCCCUCCUCCCCACCUACCUCCUGUCCUCCCCACCACCACCACCACCCUGGCUCCCCUCCCUCAUGACCGCCUGGAUCCUCCUUCCUGUCAGCCUGUCAGCAUUCUCCAUCACUGGCAUAUGGACUGUGUAUGCCAUGGCCGUGAUGAACCGCCACGUGUGUCCUGUGGAGAACUGGUCCUACAAUGAGUCCUGCUUGCCUGAUCCCACCGAGCAAGGAGGCCCCAAGACCUGCUGCACCCUGGACGAUGUUCCCCUCAUCAGCAAAUGUGGCACAUAUCCCCCAGAGAGCUGCCUCUUCAGCCUCAUUGGCAACGUGGGUGCUUUCAUGGUGGCUCUGAUCUGCCUCCUGCGCUAUGGGCAGCUUCUGGAGCGGAGUCGCCACUCCUGGGUCAACACUACAGCACUCAUCACUGGCUGCACCAAUGCUGCCGGCCUCGUGGUAGUCGGCAACUUUCAGGUGGAUCACGCUAAGUCUCUGCACUACAUCGGAGCCGGUGUGGCCUUCCCUGCUGGGCUGCUCUUCGUCUGCCUGCACUGUGCCCUCUCCUACCAUGGGGCCACUGCACCCCUGGACCUAGCUAUGGCCCACCUGCGGAGCGUGCUGGCUGUUGUGGCCUUUGUCUUCCUGGUUCUCAGUGGGGUCUUCUUUGUCCACGAGAGUUCUCAGCUGCAGCACGGGGCAGCCCUGUGCGAGUGGGUAUUUGUCAUUGACAUCCUUGUUUUCUAUGGUACCUUCAGCUAUGAGUUUGGGGCAGUCUCCUCAGACACGCUGGUGGCUGCGCUACAGCCUGCCUCGGGCAGAGCCUGCAAAUCCUCAGGGAGCAGUAGCACCUCUACACACCUCAACUGUGCCCCUGAAAACAUCGCCAUGAUCUGAGAUCUGGGGUGGGUGGCUGG